AUGAACCCUUCUGUGAACGAGUCCAUAGGACAACCGACGAGUGCGACCGAAAUCGCACUGGGCAGUGGGAUAGAAGAAGCUACGAAUACGGCCUCGAAAGACAUCGAGGAACCCGACGAAGUGGUUGCUAAGCAAGCAUCCAUGGAGAAUACAAUCGUACAGGCACACAUCUUCGAGGAGAUGGAGGAUCUUAAAGCCACUCUUCGAGAUCAACUGACUGAGAGAGAGUCCCCAGCCGUCAUUGACGCGACUCAUGCGCAAGAAGAAGCCAACGAGGAAGAAGUGCCGAAACAAACACCAGUUGCACCAGUCCCACCACAGGAACCCGAUAGAUGCUCAGGCGACGACAUGGCUGUGAUGAAACGUGCCACAGAGGAGAAGGUGAUGGAAUUAUUACGCACGGACCUCAACGUGCACGCCAGGUGA